CAUGUUUUUCUGAACGUGUUAACCAUUAAUCCACCAAAGGAGUACAAGUACGCAAUUUUUCCACCCAAUUUAAACUCCUCUCACAGCUCUCAGAAGGAGCACACACAUCAUUUGGAGAAGGGACACAUGGCUGACACAGGAACUAAACCAAUGCUCAUCAUAGCUCUCACAUUGGUGAUACUUCACACAUUUGGACCAUGCUCUGGGGCAAAUGUUAAAAUUGGUGUCCCUGAAAACUAUGAUGGUAUUUUCCCAUGGUAUCUUGCCAAGCUCCAUAGUCUGCCAGGUAAUUACAGUGACCUGGUGGUAACAGGCGAUGAUGAGGGAAUAUUCGGAGUCGACGCUCAGUUUCUGUAUGCUCUGAAACCGCUGGACAGAGAGAAACAGCCGUCUUACUCUCUGCAGGUGUCCUUCAGAACAUCAGUGCACCAUCAAAGCUUCACCGUCGAAGUGUGUGUCAUCGACAAGAAUGACAAUGUGCCCACUUUCAUAGAGGAGAGCAUGAGAGGCAGCGUGCAGCUCGGGCUUCUCAAAGGGAUCCCAUUCAUGCAGGUGGAGGCGCUGGAUCGUGAUGACCGCAACACUGCCCACGCUGAGCUGCGGUUCAGACUGAUGGAACAGACACCCAGGAUUCCCUCCAGCCAAAUGUUCUUCAUCGACUCCAUCAGUGGAGAGGUUUCCCUCACUGAUGAAGGAGCCUCCACUCUGGACCCAGAGAUGUGCGGCCGUUAUAAGCUCUCUGUGAUGGUGAAGGACAUGGCUGGGAAGGCAAACGCUUUCUUCACCACUGGCAUUGUUACUGUUGAGGUGACCGGAAACACCUGGGCAUCGCCCGACCCUGUGCGACUUCAGGAGAACCUCCCAGGCCCGUAUCCUAUCCCCAUCUCACAGGUCAAAUGGAGUGGAAGUCAGGCAGAGUACAGUCUGGAGGGAGAGUUUCCAGAGAUGCUUUUUACCAUCAGCAGAGAAGGAGUCAUUUAUCUCAACGCCCCACUGGACAGAGAGACACAAGACCAGUUCCAGAUCAGCAUUGUGGUUGAGCGUCCAGAUGGCAGAGAAAUUGCCAAACCUGUGGAGUUGAGGGUGAUGGUAGGCGACGCCAAUGAUAACAGACCCACCUUUCCACAGGCACAAUACCAUACCGUGGUCAAGGAACUGGCUGCCCGAGGGACAGAAAUCCUGACAGUGCAAGCAGCCGACAACGAUGAUCCCAAGACGGACAAUGUGCGAAUCUUCUACCGUUUAGUUGGACAAAUUCCUGAGAGUCCUCGUGCCCUCUUCAGAGUGGACCGUGACUCAGGGGUCAUCUCCGUCCAGGCAGACAGUAUGGAGGGUACAGCUCCUCAAUACACCCUCACAAUCACUGCUGAGGAUGCCAAAGGUCUAAACAGUUCCUGCACUGUGGUCGUGACAGUGCAGGAUGAGAACAACAACCCACCAGUCUUCUCCCAACAUGAGUAUGGGCCCUUUCACAUCCCAGAGAACGCUCCAGUGGGCACCACAGUUACAGCUGUGCUGGCAGGGGAUGCAGAUGUUCGAGGAGGAGACAGCUGGCAGGUGGACUACCGCUUAGAGUCUGGAAAUGAGGAGGAGGUCUUCACAUUAGUGACAGACAAGCAGACCAAUGAGGUUACACUCGUACUUUCAAAGGUGUUGGACUUUGAGCGGGAAAGUGAGUACAUCCUCGUGCUCAGUGCUCAGAACCCAGUGGCUUUGGUCCGUGGCCGAUAUGGACCUGCCUCCACAGCAACAGUCUCCAUCUAUGUUGAUGAUGUGAAUGAAGGUCCAGUCUUGUCUCAAAGCCAUUAUGAGGUGACUGUCAGAGAGGGCGAGGAACCAGGACGGGUUAUCGCCACUAUUCGAGGUUAUGACCCCGAUUCUCACCCAAUCAGAUAUUCUCUUCAAGGGGACACCAAGAAAUACUUUUCAAUAGGGAAGUAUUCUGGUGAACUAAAGACAGUGCAGGCCUUGGAUAGAGAGGAGAACAGCACAUACACCAUGGAGGUCAUUGCAGUAGAUGGACGAAACUCUUCCUUAUCUGCGUCCACCUUGGUGACUGUCCAAAUCCUGGACGUGAAUGACAACAGUCCGGUGCUGGUUGGAGACUAUUCCUGGAAGUACCUGUGUACACCUCGCUGGGAGGACCAAGCUCUGGUGCUUGCCUCACGGGACAGUGAUGGGCCACAGCAUGGAGGACGACUGAACUUCUCCCUGCGCAGUGAUGCCACAGUCAGACGUAACUGGAAGCUAACACCUAUUAAUGAUACUCACACUAACCUGUCAUUAAACAUCCCAUACUUGGCUCCUGAGGUCUACACUGUGCCCUUCACUAUCUCUGACAGCAGCUCUCCUCCCAGGAGCACCUUCAUAAACUUGCCAGUGACAGUGUGUCCCUGCAACAUCAGAGGGAACUGCAAAAUGGCUGCCAAGCAGUUGCAGGGCAUGCCAACUAUUCAAUCUGCAGUGGGAAUUCUUCUGGGCACCUUUGCAGUCAUAGGAACCAUCCUCAUUGUUGUAUUUGUGAGACUGUCCUACCAGAACCCCAAACAGCCGAGCAAAACUAACCAGGAGAGAGUUCCCCUGAAGAUUUCAAUCUAAUCAGCACGAUACUGUGAUGUCUGUCCUGCUUACUGCCCUGGCCAAAUGGACCGAUGUAGGGCACUGAAUUCAUUGAGUGACCAUGAAUGUCUAAAAAAUUAUGUAUAUUUCAGUCAUAGGAUCAAUGUUAAAUACAUGUGUAGGCUUGUGUCUGGGACAUGAUGUUUGCUUAUGUUUUAAGUUUGUCAUUUUUUUUAUUGCUGUAGACCUGUUCAUUUGUUGCAAAAUUUUGCCUAUUUAUUACAACAGCAGUAGGGCCAUGAACAGAAAAAGUUGUCAUUUUACAAGAAAAGUUGUAAUUUAGAUUAAAGUCUUAAUAUUUCAAGUUUCAAGUCAUAACUUUAAAAAAGCAGACUUCUUUCCUGUAAAUUUUAGAUUUAUUUUUUUCUAACCUUGGCUUCAGUACUCAUAGUAAUUUACACUGCAUGUACCUGUUAUUCAUUUAUGUUAAACACAUCUGCUCAUUGCUAUCACACUGAUUCCUAAUUAAGAUAAAUUGAUACAAGAAGAUUGUUGUAAAACCAUAUAUAAGAAGUAACAUGCUUGUAAAUGCUGACGUGAUUUAAUAUAAUUUAACACAUCAAAGAAUUAAAACAUCUUGCAAGCACUGUAACUGCAU